AUGGGCCUACUGAUGAGCAAGAUGAAAGCACGCUACAGCCGCAUCAUCGCCAUUCGACCCACGGGCUGGGCGGGCGACGUGAAGCACACGACAAAGCGGAAUCUGGAGCUGUACGAAGUGCCCUACUCAGAACACUCCAACUACUACGAGCUUAGGGAGUUUGUUGAGUUCCUCCGUCCGUCUUGUAUCGUGCCCACGGUCAACUGCUGGAGCCAGGCCAAGGUGGAGGCGCAGCUGUAUCACUUCAGAGAUCUGAUGAAAGGCAGCACCGCCCCUCCGCCCGACUUUGGAGCAGCCGCUCGGGGCAAGGCGGCCAUCACUUCUCACUUUGAACGGAAGACCACCACCACCUCCACUUCCGCCGCCACCUCCGCAUCCCCUUACACUCCCGUUACCACCUCCCGGACGCGCCCCGCGUCGACCCUCUUUCAAACGCCCCAGCGAGCCUCGUCUUCGCCGUCGUUCCUGACGUCGACCAUCACCUCCUACUUUGGGUUCACUGACCAACGCAAGGCGGCGGCCGCCAGCGCGAAGACCGCGUCGACGAGUUUGUCGUCGCCCCCGCCUGCCUUCUCGGCCUCGCCCGCCUUCUUCUCGUUUUUCUCGCGCUCGAGGUCGGACAGCAGCAUCAAGCGCGAGCCAGUACCCGAACACGAAGUGAAGGUGGAGACCAAGGCCGCGUGGGACAUCGACGACGACGAUCAGUUCCUGUACGAGGCCGCCCUCCUACUCGACGACUCCCAGGCCGAGCUGAUGAUCAAAGACGAGAGCAAGCGCGAGGAGGACGAAGAAGAGGACGAGGAUGAGGAUGAUGCGGAAGACGAGCAGCAGGCCUACUCGCCCCUGGCCUUUUCCGAGGGCGAGGACGAAGACGAAGCCGAGGCUGCGUAUGCAGGCGAGGUGGGGGUCCUGGAGCUGCCGGGGGCGCUCGACCAGAGUGAGGGGGGCCUGGUGGCGCCAACGUUCCCCGAUACAGAGGAGGAAGAGCAAAUCACAACACACAGCCAGGAGGCGGCCGCCCCGCCGCCUUCGAACCCGUCGACACCCCUCCAUGGACACUCGCCGACUGCUUGCUCGCUCGCCGCCUCCACCUCCAACUCACCUCUCGCCCGCGAAAAGGAGCUUCAAGAUCCAGCAGCCGAGUCCUCUCCGCUGGCGGUCGAGACCUCACCGUCUCCCGCUGCAAAGGGCUCGCCCUUCUUCGCGUUUGCAGCGUCGCCAUCAUCCGGUCGCCUCUCGCUCAAACGCAAGCGGGAGACGGGCUCGGCCUCCACCACCACCAGCUGCACUCAGCCCUCACCAUCGCAGCCUUCGCAGCAGACGACCGCGGCAGGGCGAGUGGCGAGCGCCAGCCCGAGUCAGCCGGUCUUCAUAGACCUCACCGACGACGGCGACGAAGAGCUGGCGCCCGGAGCUCCAGCCGUGUCCGAUAAAUCGAACACCGGUGGCGGUGGUACCUCGAGCCCGGGUCCGCUCGCGGCAUUUGUGACCCACGGGCGGCUGGGCAGGGCCAAGAGCGAUCCGGCGCUUCGCGGACGGCACGGCAGCAGCACGCCCAGCCCGACGCAAGGUGCUGCGGCGGGACAAAAGCGGCGAAAGCUGAGCGGCGGGGCGGGCGGGAAGCCAAAAGACGACAGCCCCUGCCCCGGCAAGAGCACGACGCCCUCUUCGGUCGGCUCUGCUGCCCUCUCCAUCUUGGACUUCCUCCGCAGGAAGUGA